AUGCUCUCAACAUCCCCUCUAUACAUUGGCCUCGCGCUCUGCAUAGCUGCAGCAACAAGCUCCUGCCACCCAUCCUCCGCGAAACUCAUAAGAUGCAUUGAGAAGCCAUCCAUCAACGCCACCGCGGAUAACUACCCGGGCUCUGCUUCAUCAGCUCACAGCACAACAUAUCCAUACAACGUCACCUGUCUCAACCAUGUUCCUGUUGCAGCAUCAGCUUGCAAGUCCACUGAACCUGACGAAGCUCUGGCAUGUGCGCGCAAAUUCAUCGAUGCCAUCGACGAGCAGAUCAGCUUUCUGUACGCGCGCCGUCUUGGUUAUGCUGCAGUCGCAGGAGCAGCCAAGUUCAACAAUGGCACGGCUUUGAACGAUCCCACCAGGAACCAAGCUGUUGCUACCGGAAUAGCUGCCAGGGUUCUCAAGUACGGAGGCAGCGAGGAGACUGGCAGGAUUAUGGGAGGUGAAGGAUGUCAGAUCUAUGCUAGUCUUGAGUUUGAGGCUCAGCAGAUUCGGAAAUGUGGUGGAAAGCUGAACGAGACCUUCGAGAGGGUCUGCAAGUAA